AUGACCGACUCGAACGGCUACCAGCAGCACAUCGUGAAGGUCGCCGUGCCGCUGCAUGACGACCCGGAGCACAAGCUCCGGUACUGCGCUGCCCACCCGCCGGCGCCCGACACGAAGCUGCAGCUGGUGGCCGGCGCGAGCGCGUGCUCAGCGCAGGCGUGCGAGUGCAGGCUGGACUACCUGAAGCUCGCCGCCGCCGCUGGGCUCUCCGCGCGUGAGGAGGCGCGCAGGCUGGUCCAAAAAUGCCGCAAGACGCUGAAGACGGAGGCGGCGGCGCGCAAGACGGAGGAGGCCGACGCCGAGAACGACGAGAACGACGAGAACGCGUCCUCGAGCCAAGGCUCGAUGGCGGAUGGGUGGUAG